AUGGACUGGAAGUUGAAGGACUGUGAAGAUGGAGAGGAGGAGAAGGAACCAGCCAGCAAAGACAGACAGAUCCAGAAGGUGACCAAUGCCAUGCGAGCAUUCAUCCUCCACCUCCACUCUUAUGUCCCCUCAUCCCCUCCACCUCCACUCUUAUGCCCCCUCUCAUCCCCUCCACCUCCACUCUUGCCCCCUCCAUCCCUCUCCAGGACCUUAUGUUUUCCGUCCAACUGUUCCUGGAAGACACCCCGCCUCCACCACCUUUUGGCCAAUGAGCAGCAGUUUUCCAGGACUACUGACUGUCAUCUGAUUUAUUCCUUCUCUCCUCAGAUCUUGUCAUUUGUCCUCCACACUGUUGUGAGAGGGUUCAUCCACUCUGCUACCGGAGGUCUCUAUGCUGCUGUGUACCCGUCGUCUCAGUUUGGCAGUCUGACGGGGAUGCAGUCUCUGGUGUCUGCUCUGUUUGCUCUGUUCCAGCAGCCGCUCUUCAUGGCCAUGAUGGGCCCUCUGAAGGGAGACCCACUCUGGGUGAAUGUAGGCCUGUUGGGGGUCAGUAUGCUGGGCUUCCUGCUGCCUCUGUACCUGGUGUGUUUCAGACGCACACUGCACCGCCAGAUACAGGACAGAGACCAGGACUCCAAGAUAUACCUCAAGAUCCACGGGUCUGGCAAACCUGAAGGUCUCCUCUAG